AAUGUUUCCAUAACCAUUGUCCUAGAAAUCCUCCCCAUUCCCCAUUGUUCCCACGCUCCCACUUUUCUUCCUCCGCCAUGACUUCCCUUUCUCUCCUCCUCGUUCUCCUCCUCUCUCUCUCCCUCUCCGCCGCAGCCCACGACGGCCCUCCGCCGUCCCAAGAUCUGAUCCACUCCUCCUGCCUUCAAGCCAGCUACCCAAGUCUCUGCAUCAGAACCCUCUCCUCCUACUCUGGCGCCGUCAACACCCCACAAGAUCUCGCCCAAGCCACCCUCUCCGUCAGCCUCUCCCUCGCCCGCGACCUCUCCCGGUAUCUCUCCAAUUCAUCCGCCAACCUCCGGCAGGCCUCGAAGCGGCAACGCGCGGCGGUUGACGACUGCGUGGAACAGAUUGGAGACUCUGUCGAGGAGCUGAGCAACACUCUGGGUCUCCUCCGCCACCUCCCCUACGGCGACCGCCGGUCUUUCCGAUUGCAAAUGAGCAAUGCCCAGACGUGGGUCAGCGCCGCCUUGACCAAUGAAGACACGUGUCUCGAUGGGUUUAAGGAAGUGGAUGGGGAGGUGAAAUUUGAUGUUAAGAAGAGGAUUUCUAAGGUCGCUAAAGCUACUAGUAAUGCUCUGUAUAUGAUUAAUCGCCUCGACGUCGGAACCCCCGCCGGGAGGAAGAAAUUGACCGCUCCUUGAGCUUGAUCGCGGCGGCGAUGGCGGAUUCCGGUGGAGUAGAGUUUGUUGCUCUGUUUUUUCUUGUUAAUGUAUUAUUGGCUAAAUAUACAAAAUCGUUCUUGAGAGGUAAUGCUCUGUUUUUUUCUU